UUCUUGCUUCGUGUUUUCGGCCCCGGCUCCACGUGAAAGAAGCCGGGGUGGGGGCUUGGGGGUGGUGGUGUACACUACUCCUGGCAGCAGCCAAUCAGCGUCCAGCUGCGGCCCCAGCUGUAUAAAAUAACGUGGUCCCUUAGCAGACGUCAGUGACCCGGCAGCUACAGUGUGGGAAGAGCGAGCUUCACGUGGUCAGCAGCGAGGGUAUUAAUACGCGUUAUAACUGUCAUUGCCAAGUCAGCAAUCUGUGAUAUAACCUGCAAAAUCGUUUUAAGUUAUCAGCUGGACCCAAGUUAUCACUGAGACCCAAACCUCUGAAGAUUCGUAUAUCGGGACGUCGUUAACAAAGAAAAGCAGCCAAGAUGCGUCUGAUUCAGAACAUGUCCACGAUCUCGGAGUAUCCGACCCCGGACAACUCAUCCAACAGUGUCAUUAAAAUCGCGGUGGUCGGCGGCAGCGGAGUUGGGAAAACCGCACUGGUUGUCAGAUUUCUCACGCGGCGCUUUAUUGGAGAUUACGAGAGAAAUGCAGCUACCCUGUACUCCAGAGAAAUUCAGGUGGAUGGAGAGCAGGUAGCAAUCCAGGUCCAAGACACGCCUGGCGUUCAUGUGGGUAAUGGCCUGAGCUGCCAGGAUCAUGUGACCCGCUCCAUCCAAUGGGCCGACGCAGUGGUCCUGGUGUAUUCGGUGACAGACAGCCGGAGCUUCGAGCUGAUUGGCCAGCUGCACCAGCAGGUGCGCGUCUUGCUCCCGGACCCCCAGGUGCCCGUCCUCCUGCUGGCCAACAAGGCGGAGCUCCUGCACCUGCGGCAGGUGGAUGGGCAGGCGGGGCCGCGGCUGGCCCACGCGCUGGGCGUGGCCUUCUGCGAGGUUUCGGCCAGCGAGAGCUACAGCGAGGUGCACCGAGCCUUUCGGCUGCUCUGCAAAGGGCUGGCCACGCCCCCCGGCACGGCCACGCCCCCCACCACCGCGCCAGAGAAGAGGAGGGCCUCCCUCAUGCCCCGCCCCAAAUCUCCCAACAUGCAGGACCUGAAGCGGCGCUUUAAACAGGCGCUGACCGCCAAGGUGCGAACGGUCACCUCAGUGUGAGUGGGCGUGGCCUGGGGCGAGGCCCUUUAAACAGAGGCAGGAGGGGAGGCCAGAACACGCCCCCUUCAGGGCAGGGCGGGGCCCGGGGCGAGCAGGCGAGUCACAUGCCCCAUGCUGAGAGAGACUGAUGACCCGUGACCCCAAAUCCCCCAAUAUGCACGCGGUGCUGGACAGCGACUCUUGACCUUUAACCCCGUGUGACACCAGUCUGAACUCUGAUUGAGGAAGUGUGCCUGUGCAUAUGUGCGUGCGUUUACCCAUGAUCUUCUGUUACUGCAGAGAUCUAAGAAGCCGCGUUUGCACAAUGGUUGUGCGGGGGGGGUUUCUCUCCUGGCAGCAGACAUUUUGAAGGCCACAGGUGGACGUUUACAGAUGCUUCCUUUCGAGAGGAACCCUAUUUUUCUGUCAAGGCUGAUGAUUGGUGAACAGGACAGAAGCGCUUAGUGUGUGAAUCAGUGUCAACCAUGCACACUCCUGUAUCUACGUGUGUGUAUGUGCAAGUGUGUGAGUGAGCGUGAGCGUGUGUGUACGCGGUGUGAUUGAGUAUUUGUGCACUUUAAGAUACGCAAUGUGAGAAGAAGUUUAU